GAUAAACGCUGUAGUCGUGUUGACAGUCGAAGACGAUGGCCAGCCUGCCGCCUCCGACCCCUUACAAUUACUGCUGCAUUACUACAACUGUGAGUACGAUCAUGCUAGUCGGAAGAGCUUUUUAAUAUUUAAUGUGACAGCGACCGGUGUUUUGUGAUUAUACUGAGGAGCUGGCUCCAUCCCAUAUGAUAACCGGUUGCUAGCAGACACAGUGUGACAUCACCGCAUCAGAAGUAAUCUGCCGCCCGGCCCGCUCCCCGUCCGACUGUCAGCCUGCCUCGGCGACGGAGUUACGCGUACCUGCGGCAGGAGCAUGAAUCGGCCGGGUGUCCUCGCUACGACCAUCCUUCGUUCAUUGAUGGCCGCAGCUCUCACGUGCUACCUGGGGCAGUUUGUGAAUGAACCAACGGUGAUAUGAGUGAAUGGAGUUGGCUGCUGUGCCACAGUUGGGGUAAUGGACGAGAAGGCGGCGGCCCGUGGGCCAGGUGAGAGUGACGGGGGGUUAGAGCAUGACGCAGUGAUCGAGGACACCGGGGGCGGGCUACAGACUACGGAGACUAACACAAAACGAAGGAAGGGAAAAUCGAAGGGGCCAGAAGUCGAGUUGAUUGAUAACACAUCGGCAAACCAAAGUUCUAAACAAGAACAAUCUUCUGUAAACCUUCCAGGCGUGCUCCCUGGUAGUACAUUGAGAAAUGUUGUUUACUAUCAAAAUCGAUUCAUUGUGUUAGAUACAAUACCAGCUAAAUCUGGCUCGCAGACAACGAACGGAGAUGCUACAACAGAUGUCCACAAGAGUGUGCUACAUACCGGAUGCGGUACACUGCGCAUGUCUGAGAGAAAUGCUAGUGGAUCAGGCGAGAAAUCGAAUGAAAGAACGGCGCGUGCUGCAGGUGGAGCAGACGACAGUUUGUUGGUGCGCGGGAAAAGAGGUAAAAUGGAAAUGGACGCUUCAUCUGUUACCAUGGAUGCACGUGCAAUUGAAAUUGUGGUAAGUGAUGAAUCUGACUCCCAUAGGCUGCAUUCCUCGACCAGGCACCCUCUAUGGAAGCGUAUUACCAGCGUCAUGCGAGACAACAGGAUGAAGGGCAGACGUGACUGUGAUGUGGUGUUGAGGGAUCAUCCAGAGGAGUACAUUGUACUUAAACGAGUUUUAAACAUUGUGUUCGUUACAAUCGGAGUAGCCCUGCUGCUGUCUGUCUUCAUUGUCAUCAUCUACACAACAAUAGUUGGUGAUCCUGAAAACAUCGAUAUGAGAAGGGGUGCCGACAUCCUCGCCGAAGCCAACAAUGCAUCAGGAUCAACAGUGGCUCGACAAAAGCGGUUUGCGGUGGAUAUGAACUGGGACAACCACUGAGGGCGUGGUCCUGGAGGAGUGUUGCACGGUAUAUGGACACAUUAUGCAAAUGGAUCAAACAGCUGAAGCCUGUGUAUUAGUUUGUGAUCUGCAAGGUCAAGUAUACAGCUGUGCUCAAACACUUAGUCCACCGUGACGGAUUUGACGCUGGCGACAACGAUCUUCCGCGCCAUGGACGUAUUUAUAAGAUAAGGAAAAUGUGCGCAACUGAGUUAUACUUCAUUGCAACAAAAGCUAACCCGCGUCACUCUACCACAAGGUAGCAGAUGGAACGUAGACUAUAUAUACAGGACUCUCCGCACAUCUUGGACCAGGCCGUGUUUAACAUCAACUGCCAAACAAACAGGGUCAAGCCAAACUAGGAAAGACAAACUCAAUGGAAUUAAUUUUGGCCGUUAUGCAUAUCAGGACGUUACUGAAAGUCGGAAAUUGGUGGUGAUACAUAUAUAUAAAUACGUGAACAAGGCAUCAUUGUUUUGAUGAUGAUGAUGAUAUUGAUGAUGAUGAUGAUGAUGAUGAUGACCUGUCGGACAGAUCGUGCCACAGUGUAUUUUGAAAUGACAACGUACCCUGUAUUCGUGCUACUCAUUGUUGUCAGCUGCCUGACGUCACCAGUGUGAUUGCUGUGGAGGAAUGACACCACCAGAGCCUGAUGAGGUAGCUGAGGUGCUUGCGUUCUGUCUGACGCUGGACUGACCGGGCGUUGGAGUCGGAUCAGUCCCAUUCUGCUUAUAUGCGUUUUUGCUCACUCCUUAUAUGUUUGUGCAAAAUGUCGUGGCGUUUGUUUCAGUUGCCACAUUUUUGAAUUGCAUAAUUAUUUUUAUAUAUAUCUGUUGAUAUCUUCUGUGGUGUGUGUAUAUUUUAUUAAUACUCAUUUGUUAAACAGUUUCUAUCA